GAAGCACAUUUUCCAUCCAAGAUCGAAUAUCUACUACAAAGUAUUCAUAUAUUAUUACACUUGCAAGUCUUAAGAAAUCAACAAUGGCUUCUAAAUCUAUUAUUUUCCUUGUGCUUUUCUUGGCUGCAUUUGUCCUCAUUGUCUCGGAAGCGACGGCACGGGAUUCGGCUGAAACCGACUCAGGUAAGGAGAAAACAGACCAGUGGGGAGGGUAUGGAGGGCGUGGCGGCGGGGGUUACGGUGGCUACCGUGGUGGAUAUGGAGGAGGAUACCCUCGGCGCGGAGGCUGGGGUGGUGGCUGCCGCUAUCGCUGCGGCUACCGCUGCUGCAGUGCCGCCGAGAAAGCGGAGUUUGAUGCUCAAGCCAAGCCACAGAACUAAGAUGAAACCCAAAUCUGUGCCAAACUAUUAUGCUUUUUAAAAUUGUAGAAGAGAAGAACUUGGUGUGUGAAUCUUGAAUAAGGUAAACCACAGGUGGAUCUGUAUGUUUAUGGUCAUCCAUGCAUCAAUCUUGUGUCUUCACUUUGUAAUGUUACACUUCUUUUAAUUUCAUCAAGUUUGAGAGGCUGCUCA